CCCCGCGGAGUGAGUGCGGGUCACCGGGUCACUGGGUCAUUGUCUCCGCGCCCGAACCCCGAGCACCCCGUGGAAUCCCCCACGUCAUCAUCAGCACCAUCAAUGAGAUGCAAACAUGAAAGACAAGAGGAAGAAGAAGGACCGCACCUGGGCCGAGGCUGCCCGCCUGGCACUAGAAAAACACCCCAACUCACCAAUGACAGCAAAGCAGAUAUUGGAAGUCAUUCAGAAAGAAGGGUUAAAAGAAACAAGUGGAACUUCUCCAUUAGCCUGUCUGAAUGCAAUGCUUCACACUAACACUCGAAUAGGGGAUGGAACAUUCUUCAAAAUCCCUGGAAAGUCAGGCCUCUAUGCUCUCAAAAAAGAGGAGUCGUCAUGCCCAGCGGAUGGAACAUUGGAUUUAGGCUGCGAGUCUGAAUUGGAUGGCACAGAAAUGGCGGAGGCCAAUGCCAAUGUGGAAGGAAAUGGAGUUUGUGCGAAGCAGGUAACUGAUGAAGCAUCUUCCACUCGAGAUUCAAGCCUUACUAACACAGCGGUGCAAAGCAAGUUAGUGUCUUCCUUUCAGCAACACACCAAAAAGGCUCUCAAACAGGCUUUGAGGCAGCAGCAGAAAAGAAGAAAUGGAGUCUCAAUGAUGGUAAACAAGACUGUUCCUCGUGUUGUUUUGACACCAUUAAAGGUGUCUGACGAGCAGUCGGAUUCGCCGUCAGGAUCCGAGUCUAAAAAUGGUGAAGCAGACAGUUCAGAUAAAGAAAUGAAACAUGGGCAAAAAUCUCCCACUGGAAAACAAACAAGUCAGCACUUAAAACGAUUAAAAAAGUCUGGUUUAGGACACUUGAAAUGGACCAAAGCUGAGGAUAUUGACAUAGAAACCCCGGGAUCUAUUCUUGUCAACACUAACUUGAGGGCAUUAAUAAACAAACAUACGUUUGCUUCCUUACCUCAGCAUUUUCAACAGUACCUCCUGCUUCUGCUCCCAGAAGUGGAUAGGCAGAUGGGAAGUGAUGGAAUUUUACGCCUCAGUACUUCAGCUCUAAAUAAUGAAUUCUUUGCAUAUGCAGCACAAGGAUGGAAACAGCGACUGGCAGAAGGAGAGUUUACUCCAGAAAUGCAGUUGCGGAUAAGGCAGGAAAUUGAGAAGGAAAAGAAAACAGAACCUUGGAAAGAAAAAUUCUUUGAAAGAUUUUAUGGAGAAAAGUUGGGCAUGUCAAGAGAGGAAUCUGUAAAACUUACAUCUGGACCAAACAGUGACGGAGCUGAGAGUAGUUCUCCAUGUGGGACCUCAGGCCUUCCAGCUCUUCCUGCACAGAUGCCCUUGAAAGAACAACACCCCAAAAGCAGGAAAAGUCCAGCUUCUCCAGAGCCUGAUUUCUGUGCCACACUGUGUCCCAUGGUAGAUGUAGGUAAAGAUGUAAUGACAGAAUCGGAAUCAGAGGACAUCCUCAUCCCCGAAGAAUCUGUGAUUCAGGAGGAAAUUGCAGAAGAGGUGGAGACUAGCAUCUGUGAAUGCCAGGAUGAAAAUCACAAGACAAUAGCUGAAUUUUCCGAGGAGUCUGCAAGCCCCGCCAAUUCUCACGAAGAGCCCCCUAUAGCGCCUCCCGAGGAUCAUUUGGAAUCCUGUGUUAUCAUGAACGAUGUUUUAGAAACUUUGCCUCAUAUUGAAGUGAAGGUGGAAGAGAAAGCAGAAUCUCCCCAGGAAGAAAUGUCUGUUGUCAUUGAUCACCUGGAAGUCUGUGACUCUCUCGUUCCGUCCGCCUCACCUGGGACUCGUGUCAGUGACACCGAACACAAGGAGCCAGAAACUGCACUCGAGACCAACACUCCAAAAAUAAAGACAGGGUCAUCUUCCUUAGAAGGCCAGUUUCCCAGUGAGGGAGCUGCUGUCGACAUGGAGCUGCAGAGUGAGCCCGAUGAACAGCUUUCUGAAAACGCGUGCGUCUCUGAAACGUCCUUCUCCUCGGAGAGCCCAGAGGGAGCCGGCACCAGCCUGACAUCCCCAGGAGGGGAAACCCAGUCCACUUCCGAAGAAUCCUGUACUCCGGCCUCCCUUGAGACAACAUUUUGUUCUGAGGUGUCCAGCACUGAAAACACGGAUAGAUAUACUCAGAGAAACCCCACUGAUGAAAAUCUCCACUCAUCCUUGAUGUCCGAGAUCUCUCCAGUAUCCACUUCACCGGAAAUAUCAGAAGCAUCUCUGAUGUCCAAUUUACCUCUAACCUCUGAAGCAUCCCCAGUAUCCAAUUUACCUUUAACAUCAGAAACAUCUCCCAUGUCCGAUUUACCUUUGACAUCAGAACCUUCCUCAGUGUCUUCCAUGCUUCUCACAUCUGAGGCCACUUUUAUAUCCAGUUUGCCACUUCCUUCAGAAACUUCUCCAAUUUCUAAUUCUUCGAUGAAUGAGAGAAUGGCACAUCAACAAAGAAAGCCAACGUCCGUACCUGAAGAACCACUCUCCCCACAGAAAGAUGAAGGUUCUACCCCUGCCAAGCCCCUAGGAGAGAACCUCAUCUCUCAGCAGAAGACUCUAUCAAAUACUCCAGAACCCAUCAAAAUGGGUCCUUCUUCCAUCACUCCUGAAGCAUUUUCAUCAGAAGAAUUGCACAGUAAGACCCUGAAUCCGCAGCCUUGCAAAUCACAUGCUGAAACUGAGAAGUCCUGUCCUACAUCAAUUCCAGAACUUCCUUCUACAGAAGUGAUAAAAGUGAAAAAUCAUAACAUCCUGCAAAGAACCGAAAAGAAAGGAAUGUCUUCACCAUUGGAAUUACCUGUCUUUCCUGAAGAGUCAGAGAGUAAGGGCAAUGAGCUCCCAUCAGCUAAGCUGCAGGACAAGCAGUAUGUCUCAUCAGCGGAUAAGUCUUCAUUUUCAGAAGGCUCUAGAAAUAAAAUGCAUAAGCAAGGAAGCUCACAGACUCGGUUGGAGACCUCGCAUACUUCCAAGUUGUCGGAGCCCUCCAGGUCCCCGGACGGGGUAAGAAAUGAAAGUCGAGAAUCUGAGAUAUCGAAGAGGAAAACUGCAGAGCAGCACAGCUUUGGGACCUGUAAGGAGAAGAGGGCUAGGAUAGAGGGGGCCCCGUCCACCCGGAACUUCUUGUCCAGCAGUCCACCUGAGAAAGAGCAGCCCCCAAGAGAGGAACCGAGGGUUCCACCUCUCAAGAUCCAGCUUUCCAAAAUCGGGCCGCCUUUCAUUAUCAAGAGCCAACCAGUCUCCAAGCCAGAGUCCCGAGCUUCCCCUAGCACAUCUGUCAGCGGCGGCAGGAACAUGGGAGCCAGGACCCUGGCGGAUAUCAAGGCCCGAGCCCAGCAGGCCAGGGCCCAGCGAGAGGCUGCGGCGGCAGCAGCCGUGGCGGCGGCCGCGAGCAUCGUCUCCGGAGCCAUGGGGAGCCCAGGAGAGAGCGGAAAGGCCAGAACCCUGGCGCACAUCAAAGAGCAGACCAAGGCGAAGCUCUUCGCAAAGCAUCAAGCCCGAGCGCACCUCUUCCAGAACACGAAAGAGUCCCGGUUGCCUCCGCUCGGCUCAAAGGAAGGGCCUCCAAGCUUGGAAGUCUCUUGUACCCCUGAAACAAAAAUCGAAGGUUCCCCCGGUGUCAUCAUCGUCAAUCCAAACUGCCGAUCUCCCAGCAACAAGUCUGCACACCUCCGGGAGACCCCCACUCUAUUACAGCCGUCUCUCAACCCGACCAAGCUUCCGGAAACUGCCACGGACUUAUCCGUGCACAGCUCUGACGAAAACAGACCCAUGUCACACUUAUCUGAGAAAAUUGUUUCAUCUACCUCUUCUGAAAAUAGCAGUGUGCCCAUGCUUUUUAAUAAAAAUUCUGUCCCCGUGUCUGUCUGCAGCACUGCUGUGUCCGGAGCAAUUAAAGAACAUCCCUUUGUGAGUUCUGUCGAUAAAUCCUCUGUUCUAAUGUCUGUUGACAGUGCAAACACUACAAUUUCUGCUUGUAACAUAAGCAUGUUAAAAACCAUCCAGGGAGCUGACACUCCAUGCAUAGCCAUUAUACCAAAAUGUAUCGAUAGCGCCCCUCUUCCCGCCAUCACGGAGGGCUGCAGUCCGUCGAGCCCCAUGGAUGACAAGCAGGUACUGAUGCCCAGCAGCAGUGCUGGGAACGUAGUCUCUGGUCAGUACACCCCUGUGCCAACUCCCUCCAUUGGAAGUAACUUGCCAAACCAUCUCUCCACUAGCUCUGUCUUGGUUCCCCCAACGGGAGUGAACAACAGAUUUCCUUCUGAGAAGAUAGCCAUACCUGGGGGAGAGGAACAGGCCACCGUAUCCAUGGGCACCACCGUGAGAGCCGGCCUCGGCUGCAGGGACCCAGUGGCCGCCACAGAUGCUCUGGUGGCACGCCCACCCGUCGCCGUGUUUACUGGAAGCAUGCUGACCAUAAACUCUUAUGAAAGUUCUCCCAACUUAAGUGCUGAAAGCUUGGACAAGAAUUCAGGGACUCGGAACAGGGCAGACACUUCUGGGAAACCUCAGCCACCUCCGGGGGGCUUCGCACCAGCAGCCAUAAACAGAUCAAUCCCGUGCAAAGUCAUCGUUGACCACAGCACCACACUGACCUCCACUCUGUCUCUCACCGUCUCCAUUGAAAGCGCCAAUGCCAGCCUGGACCUCCAGAGCAGGUCCGGGAGGACGGAAGCAGCUAUCCAGCCUAUCCAGCCCGUGGCGUGUCCGCAGGUGUCUGUCAUCAGCAGGCCUGAGCAGGUGGCAAACGAAGGAGAUCACGGUUCGAGUUUUCUCGCUGCUCCUGCCGGAAAGCAAGACGGUAAAACGAUGCCAGCCACCUGCCCGAGCCUCCGCGAAGUCCCCCUCGUUGUUCCAGAUAAACUAAGCGAGGUGACUCCUCCGAGUAACAGCUUUGCCGAGCAGGCGCGUGGCUCAGCUGCGUUCAAAAGUGAAGCAGACCCAACUUGUAGCAAUCAGUACAACCCAGGCAGCCGGAUCUGCUGGAGCGAGGACGGAAUGAGGAGCUCGGGACAGCCUCUGCUCGGGCACGCUGGUUCCAGUAAACAGAAAGAGUAUCUCGAGCAGAGCUGUCCAAAGGCGAUCAAAACCGAGCACGCCAGCUACUCGCAUGUGCCGGAACUUCACCCCCGGAAUCUCAUAACAAACGUCACCCUCCCGGUGAAGUCCGAACCUCAUGACGUGGACAAGGGCUUUAGGAUGGACACCGAAGACUUCCCUGGCCCUGAGCUGCCUGCUCCUCCGGCCGCAGACGCCGCCCCGAGUGUGCCCCAGACGCAGACCACGAAGGCGACCUCCUCUAAUCCCAUGGAAGAGGCGAUUUCUUUGGCUCCAGACACCCUGAAAAGGGUUCCCAGCACAGGGAGCUCGAGCUGCCGGCUGUCAUCCGUGGAGGCUAACAAUCCCCUCGUCACACAGUUACUCCAGGGCAACCUGCCUUUGGAAAAAGUGUUGCCACAGCCGAGAUUGGGAGCCAAGCUCGAAAUUAACAGGCUUCCCCUGCCUCUUCAAACUACCUCAGUGGGAAAGACAGCCCCGGAUAGGAACGUGGUGGAAAUGCGCCCCAGCUCUCCCAAUCCAGACGGGAAGGGCUACCUGGCAGGAGCCCUUGCCCCACUGCAGAUGAGAAAGCGAGAAAACCAUCCCAAAAAGAGAGUAGCCAGGACUGUGGGGGAGCACACCCAAGUGAAAUGUGAGCCAGGGAAGUUGUUGGGGGACCCAGAUGUUAAAGGGGUGCCUUGCGUCAUCAGCUCCAGCGUGAGUCAGCUGGGCCACGGCCAGCCGUUGAAGCAGGAGUGGCUGAACAAGCACUCCUUGCAGAACAGAGUCGUCCACAGCCCCGAGGUCAAACAGCAGAAGCGGCUGCUCCCCUCCUGUAGCUUCCAGCAGAACCUAUUUCACGUUGACAAGAACGGUGGCUUCCACCCCGACACCGGUACCUCCCACCGACAGCAGUUUUACCAAAUGCCUCUGGCUGCCAGGGGCCCCAUUCCCCCUACAGCUCUGUUACAGGCCUCCGCCAAGACCCCGGUGGGCUGUAACGCGUUUGCCUUCAAUAGGCAUCUGGAACAAAAGGGACUGGGAGAGGUUGGCCUUGCCUCCGCACCUCACCAGCUAAGGUUAGCCAACAUGUUAUCCCCCAGCGUGCCGGUUAAAGAAAGCGAUGAUGGCGCGGCGACCGUCCACGCCAUGCCGCACAAAGCCCUGGUGCACCCCCCGCCCCCUCAGCCUCCGCCCCCUCCUCCCUUGGCUUUGCCCCCGCCUCCCCCACCACCACCUCCGCUACCUCCACCUCUUCCUAAUGCCGAAGUCCCAUCCGAUCAAAAACAACCGCCAGUCACCAUGGAAACCACUAAGAGACUUAGCUGGCCGCAGUCCACGGGCAUAUGCAGCAAUAUAAAAUCGGAACCUCUUUCUUUUGAGGAAGGUUUAAGCAGCAGCUGUGAACUGGGCAUGAAACAAGUUUCCUAUGACCAGAAUGAAAUGAAAGAACAGUUAAAGGCAUUCGCGCUGAAAAAUGCAGAUUUCUCUUCCUAUUUGCUUUCUGAGCCACAAAAGCCUUUUACCCAAUUAGCUGCUCAGAAAAUGCAGGUGCAGCAACCGCCGCAGCUCUGUGGAAAUUACCCAACGAUACACUUUGGUAGCACGAGCUUCAAAAGGGCAGCAUCUGCCAUCGAGAAGUCCAUUGGGAUUUUGGGGAGCGGCUCCAACCCCACCACGGGCCUGCCGGGUCAGAACGCUCAGAUGCCCGUUCAGAACUUUGCCGACAGCAGCAACGCGGAUGAAUUGGAACUGAAAUGCUCUUGCCGGCUGAAAGCCAUGAUUGUGUGCAAAGGCUGCGGCGCCUUCUGCCACGACGACUGCAUAGGGCCCUCUAAACUCUGUGUGGCUUGCCUGGUUGUGCGGUGAGAGCUGAGUGAGAGAUGCAGUAUCCCUUUUCAACACGGAAAAGCCAGACGGCGUCAGCCGCAGCGAAAUUGAGUAACUCGGUGGUUUAUAUCGUGGUAAUUUAUUUUACUUUGGAACAGGUUCUCUUUUCUCUAUGGGAUCGCUCUUUUCUUGCAUUUCUCGGAACGGGGGGGAUCGCGUCCCGGCCGAGGGGUCUUACUUAGCAGCAUGUCUUUUACGUAUUUGGUUGCCAUUCGCAGCUUUGAGAAAUUUCUAUUCAUGUGUACACAGGUCAUUCCCCACUUUUUUUUUUAAAAUCCAAGUGUAGAUAGGAAAAGAACAUUGUAAAUUAUUGAAUGAUAACCAGAAAUGGAGAAGUAGAAAGAGAGUGGUAAGUCAUCGAAGGUGGUUCUGCAUUCUUCUGUAGAGCGAGCAUUAAAGCGAGGGUUCCCACCGUUGACUCUUUUGGACCUACCCUUACCAUAGUGAUUAAAUCAUAGUUGGAAAGGGGAAUCUGAUUUAAGUGUAUGAUUCCUUGUAUUUACUCAUCUCACAAAAGACACAUUAAAGGAGGUAUGCCACUGAUGAACUCCACUGUCCUGAAUUCUCUUUCCUCCCUUUGACUCUUUUCAGAGACUGGCAGGUUCUCUGGAUCUGCCGUGGACACGGUACACACAUUGUAGUGAAAUGUCUCUUCUGCCUGCAGUUACAGCGUGGGUCUCAUGCCCAGCGGUCUGGUUCAAGCCCCUUGACACUGGAGACUGUCAGAUCAGUUGGCCAACAGAGAGCCGUAGGCCCAGAGGAUUUCAGAGCUUCAUGUGUGGCUUCUAAGAGCAAGCAUGAAAAAGAUGCUCUAACACUCAAAGCAAACGAAUAACUUGCCACGUAUGCAAACACACAUAUAUGGGUUGAUGAUGUAAAUAUUGGUCCAUUCUAUUCACUCAAAUGCAAUGACUAGAUAUUAAAAUUCUGGGGAAAAUGAUCCUAGCCCUUAAUUGAUGGCACCAGUGCAUUCUGCCUUCCAACUUUGAAGAGCUUGGCCGCCUCUUUUUUAAAGUGUCAUUGAUGAUAAAAAGGACUACAGAAGGCUGAAGUGUUGGCAUUUUUCUGAACAAUUUUCCCUCAUGAGUCAUGAUCUAUAUAUAUAAUUAUAGUUGACUCUAAAAUAGCCCUCAUUUUAAAAGUUGUUCUAGGUGUUGCAUGUUUUGUUUUGUUUCCCCACCCUCCUCAGGGGAAUUCAGUGCAUUCUUCAUGUUUGGGGGAGUGGAACUGCUUUUGAAAAAGGGAUACUGCAUCUUAUACCUGUUGUCAGUGUUUAUCCAGUAAAGUCUGGGUGUUGAGUAUUUGAGCUCCAUCCCAUACACUUUGGUCAUUCUCGUGCCAGAGAAUAGCCAUAAUUCAGGAGGCUCUGUUCCCUAAAGCAAGUUCAAAAGCACAUGCACGUGGUGGGAAGAUGAAAGACAACAAAAACCACGUCCAUUUAACUUCAGAUUACAGAGCACAAGGUGUGGAGUACCAUUAAUCCAUUGACUGAUUGUUGCUGUUAGAAUUUGAAACACAUGGUGGGGGAAUUCGUCUGUAUCCAGGGUAAGAAUGACAGAUAUUUUCACUUGGGAUCAUUCUAAUCAAUGUUGACUUUUGACAUUCCCUUAAAAUACGUCUUAAAAACUAGCUGGAAUGAGCAGAAAAUACAUUCCUGGGAAAAAAAACCAAACGUGAUUUUUUUUAUAAUAACAACCAUAGUAUGUUUUUUUUUCAUCCCUCCAUAUUUAUUACUGUGAUGUUGCCAAAUUCCAUUAGAUGAUAGAGACAUCAUUUUUAUUAACAAAUUGGUGAUAGUAAAAGAUGUUCUGUCUUAGCAAGAAGGCAAAGCAAAGAAGACCUGCCUCCGUGGCGGAGAUUCAGUACUUCAGUUGCUGUCAUGACCGUUUUUCACAUUAAAAUUAACAAAAUUAAUGACUGAGAAUAUUAGCAAUGCACUUAACCAGCCCUUUCCAAGAAUCGCCGCAUAAGUUCCAGCGAAUCCAUAGUUCACUCUGCGCCAGGCGGUUUGGGUGGUGUCCUCGUCUGGCAUCUCUGUGGUCUGCUUGGCUCUGAUGCCGUCCUGGUUUAGAAGAGCACGCUCUAGUCUCAGAGAGGGGCACCCCCAAAAGGUAGACACUCGCAUGCCAACGCCUUCUUCCCAAUUCAGUCACCGCCCUUCCAGUGUCAGAUACUGUCUACACCAGCAGAUUCAACACUACCGCACCAGUAACUGACACGGGGUUGAAACUCCGAUCUGCAGAACCUUUGCACUCUGCCUGUGAGGUACGAUUGAGGCCGACGUGACACUGAGCUCAUUAUCAGCCCCAUCCCUGUGGAAUACAGCCUGCACGUUACUGCCUGGGGAUAAAGAAAAGUGCCCUCUGUGUUCUUGUUUUCCACAUAAUAAGUUUGGAGAAUCAGUUGCUGAUCGUGCGUGGAUUCUGUCACCCAGGUCCAAAGAGUGGAAUUUUUCUCUGCCCUUGCUCUUUUUUUAACCCCAGUUUAUGUUCCUCAUGUUUGCAUAUGGUUCAUAUUACUGAAAUAUUAGUAUCUUUGGGCUAAAAAAAAUGGAAAGAAAAUUUCAGAAAUAAAAUAUGGGUUAGCUAUUUGACAGGUGGCCACGUAAUACGUAUACAAAAGCCAGUGUAUUUGAAUUAGGUGAGCAGGUUCUUAGUUUCCUGAUUUCCACAGAUGCCCGCCUGUGUGCUGAUGGAGGAUGUUAGCUACUACAUGGUGGUGGCGCUGUAAUGUGCAACUUUUAGUGUGUGCAUUAUGCUCAUGAUUGGACCCUCCGCUGUCCCUGUCAGGAGUAGAACUUGCACAUGUUAACGUGUAAUUUUUUAUUAUUAUUAUCACAAAGGAUGUAUUUCCCUAAGUAGCACUUUUGGAGCAGGGGAAGGAAGAAAACUGCUAUUCCCUCACCCCUCUCCUGUACGAUAUGCAUAUGCCUGAGGUUGUUUAAAGACGUUUAGGUAGUUAAUGGGCAUGUUAAUACAGACGUUCUGAUGCAAAUUCAUUUUCAAAAUGAAAAUAUUUUUCCUUCCCCAAAGCCAGAAUAGCAGACACGCUGGUGACCUGAGCACCGUAGUUAGAUAUACUAUUUCCUUGCUAAGGUUUAGUCUGGAGGAAAAACUUGAAAACAAACCUAUGAGGUUGAGCCUGGUUGCUGUAAAGACUUUGUGGAAGUAUGUGUUUCUGGGAUGAGCUCUAGAAGGUUUAGUUGACUUCUCUGCCUUGGAUAUUCUCACUCAUUCAAAGCAAACAUACACAAACAAGCCGGUGCCUACGGUGCUGCCGAACGCAGCCAAGAGUAAGGAUAACACGAUGCUGCAGCCCCGUGCCCUUUACCAACACGUUUUCAAAAGAGGAAGUUACUGUGGCCUCGGUUUCCCAGCUCCUCCCUGGUCUGGUCAAGUCCCAGGUGACAGGAGCUAAAGCCAAGUUUAGGGUGGCCUCCUCCAGGAUGGAGGCCAGCACCGUGCUCGCCGCCUGGUAGGAAGGAGCCCACUGAACACGCAGAGCCCAGAGUCACUGUCCGUGUUUCCAGAGAACAAUGUGAAGAGUCCCGGCAAAGGAGCUCAGCAGACUGUCAGGGGCCUAUAUAGCCAAAAUGUCACUGAACAUAGAAAUCUCGUCGUCUUCAGUCCUCAUGCUUUGUCACUGUAAAGCGAAGAAAACGCCUUUUUACUAUAAUUUAAAGGAGCUGCUUUUUUUAUAGCACAUACUAUUUCACUUUGUACUCUAUUUGAUAGUUGCAGGAUAAUUUAGACAAUAGGAAGACUUCAUUGUAUUUGUACUGUUCAUGAAUGUUUCCAAGAAAGUGCUCUACUUGGUUGCCAUCAUCUUCUUGUACUGCUGUAUUUUCCCCCCGGCUUCACGGAAACCUAAUCUGAUUCAGAUUUUCAGUACAGUUUCUUCAGUUUUUUAGUUUUUUUUUUUUUAAAUGUGUGUUUGUGUGUAUUUUUUUUUCCCCUUCGGUCAGUAUUCUGAAUGUUUACAUCUGUUUGACAUUAGCCAUUUAAUGCCUUUUUUUUUUAAAGGCGGUAUUCCUCUUACAGUGUAACAGCAAAAUGUGAAAUCAACCCAAACAGAACACGCAUGACAAACACAGAUUGGGGGCAGAGGCCCUGAACGUACAUAGACAUUUUCUGUCGGCAUAGAGAAAAGUAAAACCCUCCUUCAGUCCUCUACCAAAGAAUCUGUUAUUCCCACAGGAAAAACUCAGAAAAGGUGUGUAAAAUUCUCAGAAGGGGGAGCAGUUGAUUCAGUAAGACUGCUACAAUUUAAUACUGUUACGCUUGCUUUCAUACCUGACUCAAUGUGACGGAGUGCGACAAGCAUUGAAACAACUUUUAGACAGUGUUUGGUUUAGAAUUCAGGGAUCAUGCAUUCUUUAAUGGUGCUGUUUGUUUUUUUAUUUCUUUUCUACAAAGAAACAAAAGUGUUGCCUACACGAGUGACUGCUCACAAUAACAUAUAAGUUAAAUGAAAUGAAAUGAAAUGUUUGUUUCUUCAUGUUUCUCUGUUUUUCCCUUUCUCUAAGUAACAAUUUGGGUUUCAAUAUUAAAAUAU